AAUAUUUUGUAAUUAUUAUUUUAAAAUUUUAAAAAUAAAAUUUAAGAAUAAACUGACUUAAUUUGUGUGACAAGUUAGAAACAUUUGAUCUAGUUUUAAAAACUACAGUUGUUUGUUUUGAGGAAAAUUUGAUUCGAAUUUUUUACUCAUAAUGCCACCACUGCCUUCUCCCGGAGUCCCAGGGAUGUCUUUAGAAAAUAUGUUUUGUUCCCGAUGUGGAGAUGGUUUUGAACCCAAUGAAAAAAUUGUAAAUUCAACGGGCGAACUGUGGCAUUCACAAUGUUUUGUGUGUGCCCAAUGUUUUCGUCCAUUUCCUGAUGGUAUUUUCUAUGAAUUUGAAGGACGUAAAUAUUGUGAACAUGAUUUUCAUGUACUAUUUGCACCCUGUUGUGGAAAAUGUGGCGAAUUUGUGAUUGGGCGUGUUAUUAAGGCAAUGAAUGCAAAUUGGCAUCCAAAUUGUUUCCGUUGUGAAAUGUGUAGUCGUGAAUUGGCUGACACAGGAUUUAUUCGAAAUGCUGGACGUGCUUUGUGUCAUGAAUGUAAUGCCAAUGCCAAAGCUGUUGGACUUGGAAAGUACGUAUGUCAAAAAUGUCAUGGGAUUAUUGAUGAUCAACCCUUACGUUUCAGGGGUGAAGUUUAUCAUGGAUAUCAUUUUAAUUGUGCUACGUGUGGUAUCGAAUUAGAUAGCACUGCGCGUGAAGUCCGUAACAUGCCUGGAUACGCGUCAAACGAUUUAGGCCAAUUGUUUUGUUUGAGAUGUCACGAUAAAAUGGGAGUUCCAAUAUGUGGAGCAUGUCGUCGACCAAUUGAAGAACGAGUUGUUACUGCUCUUGGAAAACACUGGCAUGUAGAACAUUUUGUUUGUGCCAAAUGUGAGAAACCAUUCUUUGGUCACCGCCAUUACGAAAAGAAAGGUCUUGCCUAUUGCGAAACUCAUUACCAUCAAUUAUUUGGUAAUUUAUGUUUUGUCUGCAAUCAAGUGAUCGCUGGUGAUGUUUUCACAGCUUUAAAUAAAGCAUGGUGUGUCCACCAUUUUGCAUGUUCAAUAUGCGAUAAAAAAAUGGAUCAAAAAACCAAAUUUUAUGAGUGCGAUUUAAAACCAGUGUGCAAAAAAUGUUAUGAUAAAUUCCCACAAGAGCUACGAAGACGUUUACGUAGACAACAUGAUGCUGCCACCCGAAAACCAGUGUCGUAAAAUCGUAUAUUAACUGCAGAGAAUUUUUAAUAACUCCGUAUUAAUAGGCCUUAUAAACGUAUUAAAAAUUUGCUUAUUUAUUUCUUUUUAAUUUGUAAAUAUGUUUAGAUACAAAAUAGUUAA